GCCCGGCCCGUCCCGACCCCCGCCCGGCGCCUCCCCGCGCCCCGAGCGGCCCCGCCGAGCCCCGAGCGGCCCCGCCGAGCCAUGGCGGCGCGGCCGGGAGGGUGAGCAGCGACACCGCGGCGGCCCGGCCGGCCCCGAUGCGGAGCGGCCGCCAUGCAGCCGCCGCCGCAGCCCUACGAGUUCCUGGGCGAGGAGAACGGCCCGAAAUGGCGCGGCCUCUUCGUGCCCGCCCUGCGCAAGGUGCAGCAGCAGGUUCACCCCAACCUGUCAGCCAAGGAGGAUUCCCUGUACUACAUUGAGGAGCUGAUCCUGCAGCUGCUGAACAAGCUGUGCAUCGCCCAGCCACGCACCGUGCAGGACGUGGAGGAGCGGGUGCAGAAGACGUUUCCCCACCCCAUAGACAAGUGGGCCAUCGCUGACGCGCAGUCGGCCAUCGAGAAGCGGAAAAGGAGGAACCCCCUCCUGCUCCCUGUGGACAAAAUCCAUCCCUUACUGAAGGAGGUCCUGGGCUACAAGGUGGAUUACCAUGUCUCUCUGUAUAUCGUGGCUGUCUUGGAAUACAUCUCAGCUGACAUUUUAAAGCUGGCUGGAAAUUACGUGUUCAAUAUCCGACACUUUGAGAUCUCCCAGCAGGACAUUAAAGUAUCCAUGUGUGCUGAUAAGGUUUUGAUGGAUAUGUUUGAUCAGGAUGAGAUUGGCUUGGUUUCUCUGUGUGAGGAUGAGCCCUCUUCUUCUGGGGAGCUCAACUACUACGAGCUGGUGAGAAAUGAGAUUGCAGAGGAGAGGCAGUACCUGAGGGAGCUCAACCUGAUCAUCAAAGUAUUCCGGGAGGCUUUUCUGUCCAACAGGAGACUCUUCACACCUCACGACAUUGAUGUGAUAUUCAGCAACAUCUCGGACAUCCACGAGCUGACAGUGAAGCUUUUGGGCCUGAUUGAGGACACUGUGGAAAUGACAGAUGAAAGCAGCCCUCACCCCCUGGCUGGCAGCUGCUUUGAGGACCUGGCAGAGGAGCAAGCCUUUGAUCCAUAUGAAACCUUGUCCCAGGAUAUUCUCUCUCCACAAUUUCAUGAGCAUUUUAACAACUUAAUGGCCAAACCUGCUGUGGCUCUGCACUUCCAGUCCACAGCUGAAGGAUUUAAGGAGGCUGUCCAGUAUGUCCUGCCUCGCCUCAUGCUGAUCCCAGUCUAUCACUGCUUGCACUACUUUGAGUUGCUGCAGCAAUUGCAGGAGUGCAGUGAGGAUGAGGAGGACAGGGAGUGCCUGAAGCAGGCCAUCACAGCCCUGCUGAACCUGCAGUGCAGCAUGGAGCGCAUCUACAGCAAGCACUCGCCGCGCCGCCGGCCCGGGGAGCCCGUCUGUCGCUUCUACCACCGGCAGGUCAGGAGCAAACACUUGGCCAUCAAAAAAAUGAACGAAAUCCAGAAAAACAUCGACGGCUGGGAAGGCAAAGACAUCGGGCAGUGCUGCAACGAGUUCAUCAUGGAAGGAGGGCUGACCAAAGUCGGGGCCAAACACGAGCGCCACAUCUUCCUCUUCGACGGGCUGCUGAUCAGCUGCAAGGCCAACCACGGGCAGUCGCGGCUGCCCGGCUACAGCAGCGCCGAGUACAGGCUGAAGGAGAAGAUCAUCAUGAGGAAGGUGCAGGUGGUGGACAAGGAGGACACUGCAGAGUACAAGCACGCCUUCGAGCUGGUGUCCAAGGACGACAGCAGCGUGCUGUUCGCGGCCCGCUCGGCCGAGGAGAAGAGCACGUGGAUGGCGGCGCUGGUGUCGCUGCAGUACCGCAGCACCCUGGACAGGAUGCUGGACGCCGUGCUGCUGCAGGAGGAGAACGAGCAGCCCCUGAGGCUGCCCAGCCCCAGCGCCUAUCGCUUCGUGGUGGAGGACUCCGAGGAGAACAUCGUGUUUGAGGACAACCUGCAGAGCAGGAACGGCAUCCCCAUCAUCAAAGGGGGCACGGUGGUGAAGCUCAUCGAGAGGCUCACCUACCAUAUGUAUGCAGAUCCUAACUUUGUCCGGACUUUCCUGACCACCUACCGCUCCUUCUGCAAGCCCCAGGAGCUGCUGAGUCUGCUGAUAGAGAGGUUUGAGAUCCCUGAGCCCGAGCCCACGGAGGCAGACAGGCUGGCCAUCGAGAAGGGGGAGCAGCCCAUCGGCGCCGACCUGAAACGCUUCCGCAAGGAGUACGUGCAGCCCGUGCAGCUCAGAAUAUUGAAUGUUUUCCGGCACUGGGUCGAGCACCAUUUUUAUGAUUUUGAGAGGGAUCUGGAGCUGCUGGAGAGGCUGGAGACCUUCAUUUCCAGUGUCAGAGGCAAAUCCAUGAAGAAGUGGGUGGAGUCCAUUGCUAAGAUCAUCAGGAGGAAGAAGGCGCAGGCGGACGGGGUGAGCCACAACAUCACGUUCGAGAGCGCGCCGCCGCCGCUGGAGUGGCACCUGUGGCGCGUGGGGCACGGCGAGGCGCUGGAGCUGAUGACGCUGCACCCCAUCGAGAUCGCCCGGCAGCUCACCCUGCUCGAGUCCGACCUCUACAGGGCUGUGCAGCCUUCUGAGCUCGUUGGCAGCGUGUGGACGAAGGAAGACAAGGAAAUCAACUCCCCAAACCUCCUGAAAAUGAUUCGUCACACCACAAACCUCACCCUGUGGUUUGAGAAGUGCAUCGUGGAAACGGAGAACUUUGAGGAGCGAGUGGCUGUGCUGAGCAGGAUCAUAGAAAUCCUGCAGGUCUUCCAGGACCUCAAUAAUUUCAAUGGAGUUCUGGAGAUUGUCAGUGCUGUGAACUCUGUCUCUGUCUACAGGCUGGAUCACACCUUUGAGGCACUCCAAGAAAGGAAGAAAAGAGUUCUGGAUGAAGCAGUAGAAUUAAGCCAAGAUCAUUUUAAGAAGUAUUUAGCUAAGCUCAAGUCAAUCAACCCUCCCUGUGUGCCUUUUUUUGGAAUAUACCUAACAAAUAUCUUGAAGACAGAAGAAGGGAAUCCUGACUUCCUUAAAAGACAAGGGAAAGAAUUAAUUAACUUCAGCAAGAGGAGAAAAGUGGCUGAAAUCACAGGAGAGAUUCAGCAGUAUCAAAACCAGCCCUACUGCUUACGGGUUGAGCCAGAAAUCCGGAAAUUCUUUGAAAAUCUCAAUCCCAUGGGGAAGAUACCAGAAAAGGAGUUUACAGAUUAUCUGUUCAACAAGUCCUUGGAGAUUGAACCUCGGAACUGCAAGCAGCCUCCUCGAUUUCCCAGGAAAACAACGUACCCGCUGAAGUCGCCGGGGAUCAGGCCCAACGCGGGCAGGCACGGCUCCACGUCGGGCACGCUGCGGAGCCACCCCCUGCCCCUGGAGAAGGAGCCCAGCAAGAUCAGCUUCAGCAGGAUCGCCGAGGCCGAGCCGGAGACGGCGGCGUCGGCGCCCACCUCGCCCAGCACGCCCUCAACGCCGCCCGUGUCGGCCUCCUCCGAGUUCAGCGUCUUCCUGGACAUUGACCUCAACAGCUCCUAUGGUAACAACAGCAUCUUCGCUCCUGUGAACUUGCCUCAGUCGAAGACUUUCUUCAGCUCCUGGGGGAGCUUCCCUAAACUGAGUGAUGAGCCUCAGAACCCUCCUCCACUUCCUCCACGAAAAAAGAUGGAUCAGGAUGCUUCCAAUGCUAAGGGCAAUUCCAAGUCGGAUGACGAUCCUCCAGCCAUCCCACCUCGGCAGCCGCCGCCUCCAAAGAUCCAGCCCCGCGUUCCCGCGUACAGCGCCCCGCUGGAGCAGCCGCUGCCGAGCCCGCCGCCUCCUCCGCCGCGGGACCCCGUUCCCGACACGCCGCCGCCGGUGCCGCUGCGGCCGCCCGAGCACUUCAUCAACUGCCCGGCCAUGAGCCUGCAGCCGCCGCCGCUGGGCCGCUUUCCGCGGGAGCCCGAGUGGCUGCGGGAGGCGGGCUCCGGCCCCAGCUCCCCGGGCACCCCUCCCAGCACCCCGUCGCCGCGGGUGCUGCGCCGCUGCUGCGUCCUCAGCGCCAGCCACAACAGCCUGGCCCAGCCGCCCGUGCCGCCCGUGCCGCCCCGGCACAACUCCAGCCCGCAGCUGCCCAAACUGCCGCCAAAGACUUACAAAAGGGAGCUCUCCCACCCUCCUUUGCACAGACUGUCUUUGCUAGAAAAUGCAGAAACUCCUCAAUGACCUUAGCCAUAGUAGUCAUUGACACUGGAAUACUGUUUGUAAAGUUCCUCUUUUUUUUUUUAUAAUUUAUUCAGAAAAAAAGGCAGUGUAUUUUAGUAUUUUCACAAAUUAUGCUCUUAAAGUGCUGCUGAUCAAAAAAAAAAAAAAGGUUUAAAUUGGAAAAAAUUCAGCCUACACACAUUCCAGCCUGUGUGGUUGGACAGCAUUACCCUCAGGUGAGCAGCAGCAUUGCCUUGGUUCACAUCCUCAGUGCCGACCGUUCUGCCAGGACACAAAAUAGACCUUUUGCACUGUACACUACACUAAGUGAAUUUAAACUGACAUCAUUUAAUUGCACUGAGCCAAAAAAAAAAGGUGCGUCUGUGGAAUUUUUUUUCAAAUUUGAGCACUAGUGGCCUUUUUUUUAAUUAAGGAGACCCAGCAAUGGGAUGAUCAAACAAGACAAGGAUGCAGAGUGUCACAGAUUUGAAACCUCUGACCACUUGCCUUGAGGUUCCUGAGUGACAGCUCCUGUUCUGGAAUAUUCUCAUGCUAUGUCUUAAUUGCCAUUGAUUUGCUGCUGAAGACAAAGAAAAAAAAAAUAGGUUGAAAUCUAAAUACCAAAAUAUUCCUUUGGUGUUGGUUCUUUGGAGAAAGGAUGAAGGAGGAGUACCCGUCUCGGAUAUCGGGGAGGAUCCCGAGUACUUCACGUGCAUCCUGUUCAGAUGUGCCUUUUUUGUUUUGAUAGGCAAAGAUGUCUUAAGCUAAAGAGUUUGUCUGCUGUUGUGGAGAACAAAGCUAUGCGCCUGUACAAUUGUUUAUAUUGUAUAUUUACAGAUAUGCUAAUGACGUGUAUAAAUUGAAGUUGACUUGGAGGCCUAUAACACAGUCUGCUACUGCUGGGACUGGAUCCGGCCAGCAGCGUUCCUUCCCUCUGGCCUGGGGCAGUCCUGCCUUCCAGACCUGAUAACUCCCUCUAGAUCCACACCUAACUCCUGAAUCCACUUUGGAAAUUGGUAGCAUUUAAACCAGCAAACACUUAAAGCUUUAUUAAACUUUUUAAACUGAUAAGUGAAUGGAACUUUUCUUUGCCAGUCGAACGGCCGUGUUUGAACUGGUGUGAGAGUGAGUCUGUUUUACUGGUAGUUCUGUAGCAGCAUUUAUAAAGUGGCCUUCACAAGCCACAUUUUAUUUACUGGUUUGUGGCCUUUUACUGUGCUUUGUAUCAGAGUUCUUAACAAGAUUAAUAAAUCACCCCAGUCUUAAUUUUUAA